AUGCUCUUGUACCGUGAUAUUAUCUCUGACGACGAAUUGUUCUCUGAUGCUUAUCCCAUCAAGGAAAUUGAUGAUGUCGCUUUCGAAGUUGACUGUAAGAUGAUCACUAUCUCUGAUGGUGAUAUUGAUAUCGGUGCUAACCCUUCUGCUGAAGGAGGUGAUGAAGAUGUUGAUACCGUCAGUGAAACUGUCAACAACGUUGUCUAUUCUUUCCGUCUCUCCCCCACCAGUUUCGAUAAGAAGUCCUACAUGACCUACAUUAAGGGUUACAUGAAGGCUCUUAAGACUAAAUUGACCGAAACCAACCCCGACCGUGUUCCCAUUUUCGAAAAGAACGCCACUACUCUUGUCAAGAAGAUCUUGGCUAACUUCAAGGAUUAUGAAUUCUAUGUUGGUGAAUCCAUGAACCCUGAUGGUAUGGUUGCUUUGUUGAACUACCGUGAAGAUGGUAUCACCCCCUACUUCACUUUCUUCAAGGAUGGUCUUACUGAGCAAAAGCUUUAA